CUGCAUUUCGUUCCCCCUCCUCUUCCAGCACCUCAGCAGGUUCAAACUCUUCUGCGUGAGGGUGGCGGUGAUCGAAAGGUCACGUGAUGAGCAUCCUGCUGCCCAACAUGGCGGAGUUCGACACGAUCUCGGAACUGGAGGAGGAGGAAGAAGAAGCGGCAACGUCGUCGUCGUCGCCGUCGUCGUCGUCGUCGGUAUCGGGGCCCGACGAUGACGAGGAAGAUGAGGAGGAGGAGGAAGAAGAGGAGGAGGAGGAAGAAGAAGAGGAGCAGGUGGAGGAUACGCCGCCCCCGCCUCGGGUAGUGAGCGAAGAGCAUCUGCGGAGAUAUGCCCCCGACCCUGUAUUGGUGCGGGGCGCCGGCCACAUCACUGUGUUUGGCUUGAGCAACAAGUUUGAUACUGAAUUUCCCUCAGUUCUAACAGGGAAGGUGGCCCCAGAAGAAUUUAAGACCAGCAUUGGCCGUGUGAAUGCAUGUUUGAAAAAGGCUCUCCCAGUCAAUGUGAAAUGGCUGCUGUGUGGUUGUCUCUGCUGCUGUUGCACACUGGGUUGCAGCCUGUGGCCCGUUAUUUGUCUCAACAAAAGAACCAGAAGAUCAAUUCAGAAGUUGUUAGAGUGGGAAAAUAACAGAUUAUAUCACAAGCUUGCUUUGCACUGGAAGUUGACUAAAAGGAAAUGUGAAACUAGCAAUAUGAUGGAGUAUGUAAUACUAAUAGAAUUCUUACCAAAAUAUCCCAUAUUCCGACCUGACUGAGGGAUUUUAUUCAGUCACUUCUGUAUUACCUGUCAUUUCCUACCCUUAGUGCCUUGUAGAUGAUUUUGGAAUGAAGAUGGUCUCCUUUGCUGUGUUCAACUUAUUCUUUAUAAUGGUAGAAUAUUCUCCUCACACUUUCAUUUGUGUUGGUUUAAGAAGAAAUUUUGCACAUCUUUUUUGUUAAAUGAGGCUUGUGUUUUGCACUGUCAAUUUUUAAAUAAAUACACACACACACAUACAUAUAUGUAUAUAUAUAUAU